AUGUCUACAAGUCAAAGUGGUUCUGAAUUUCCAACUGGCAUAGAUCAACAGAACAAAAAGUUUACCACUAUAAUUAUUUAUCCGACGGUGACUCCAGAGAAGAUAAUCAUACCAAUGGUAUCGUGUAUUUUGGGUUUUCCGUUGUUGGCGUUAAUGGUGAUAUGCUGUUUAAGACGUAGGGCCAAAUUGGCGAGGGAUCGAGAUCGUCGAAGAAAUUUAGGAUUUGCUCGAGCGUGCACAAGUGACCAAGGAGUGAUAUCUCUGGCAAGGUUUAGUCCAAUGCAUAAAAUCGGCGUAUACCUGGCUGCGGGGGCGAACGCCAGUGGCGGCGCGAUGCCGUCGCCACUGUCGUCCGGCGGCCGGAACCACCCGCUGCGCAGCGAGAGCCGGUCGUACGCGUCCUGCGACCUUGACCCCGUCAUGGAGGAGCGGAGCGAGAUGGACAGCAGCUGUGGCGGCGUGGCCGGCGGCGGACCGGUGGCCGGCGUAGGGGCGGUGGCCGACGGCGGCGGGGUCGUUGGCGGCGGAGCGGUCGAGGCUCUCGUGUGUCCGGACAGCUAG